GCGAACUUGAAUUAGAUAGAAUAAAUCCUCCUCGAUUUAGUGUUCAAAUCCCUACAAAUAUUCGAAGGGAAUAUAAUAAUAGAUCUACUUCACCAACUAGGUCAUCAAUUACAAGUUCAUCAUCAUCACUAUCAAAACAUCAAUCUAUUUCACCGAAACUGAAAUCUUUAUCAGGGAAUUCUGAAGAAAUUUCUCCACAUCAUGUCGAACAGGAAAUUAAUCAAAAUUCUCAAAAUUCGAGUAUUCAACAUUCUGAUAGAAUUGAAGAAAAUGAGAAUUUCAAUUAUCCUAAAGAGCAGAAACGUGAACCUGAUUUGGUUGAAGGAGAUAUAUCAUUACAAGGUGAAGGUGAAGGUGAAGCCAAUGUAACAGAAGUUAAUGAUGAUAAUGAACUGCCUGAAUCGAAAAUAGAUUUGAUUGCAGUAGAAACAACGCCACCAUCAAAGCUAGAUGAAACAGAUUUAAUUUCGGUUAAAUUAAAUGAACCAAAAUCAAAAGAUGAGUUUAUGCCAACAAAUGAGGAUAUCAAAAAUUUAAAUGAAGAUUUAACAAUUAAUACUCCGAAUACAUCCCCCAAAGAAUUGGAACUGCCAAUUGUCUCAUGCAAUUCAAAUUCACAACGAACGGAGCUUAUUAAUGCGCUUGGUAGAGAAAUAGAACAAAUAGAAGAAGACCUUGAUAAAUGGAAUCAUAUAUAUAAUAAAAAGAAAGAAAAGAUUACUAAAAGAGUUGAAAAAGAAAGAGAAGAAAGAGAAAAGUGUAAAAAAGAAAAAGAAAAUCUUAAAGAAAAAUGUAAAGAAGAACAACGAGUAAAACGUGCAGCGGAAGAUAGAGCAUUGUGUGUAAAUCACGAUGAAAAUGAAAAUAAAGAAAUCAAAGUUCAAAUCCAAAAGAAACGUAGAAAAUCGAAAAAAAAACAUGUCUUCAGAAAUAAUAAACGUCGUGCAUUAGAUCAAAAAUCAACGAAGAAAAUUGCCGAAGGUAUAAGCAAUAUCAAUGAUACAGAGGAAUCAAAUAUUCAUUCAAAACGGUUGGAAGUAAAAACAAAUGAAGAAGAAAUCAAGAAGAUAUAUAAGGAUUUAUUUGAUGGGGUGGGACUUGUUGAAAGUAGACCGGCUCUAAUUAAGAGUUUUAAUUUAAAGAAGAAGGAAGAAGAUUGUAAAAUUGAAGAAUUGAAAAAACAAAGAGAAAAUCUAAGAAAUAAAUGGAAUGUAAGUCAUAAGACGAAUAAUAAUAAUGAAGAGAAACUAAAAAAGGAUAGAUAUAGUCGAAAUCAAGGUACCAGAAAAAGUGGCAGGUUUUCAAAAAACGAUUAUGUCAAUAGUGAAGCUGCUGUUGAAGAAAUUGCUAAACAAAUUUUAAAGGAAGCCGAACAAGAACGACGAGCCGCUCCCGUACCCCCAAUGAUAAUCGGAGAAAAAAAUCGACAUUAUGCUAAAUUUAUCAAUAACAAUAAUAUUGUUAGAGAUCCAGUCAGUUUUUAUGGUUUUAAUAAAGAUCCCGGAGAAAAAUGGACACCUGAAGAACAUGUUGUUUUCAUGAGACAAUUUAAAUUUACUCCAAAGAGUAAGAAAAUUGAAAUUUACAAAGAAUUAAAAAAGGCAUAUUCUUUAAACAAAAAUGGUAGUAAAGUUAAAGAAGAAUUUGGAAAAUCAACUAAUAAUCGUAAUACAGUGGUUAAACAAUCCCCAAAGAAAAGGAAGGCACCAUUGAUAGCGACAGAAAGCGAUCAUCAACAAAGAACAGAUAAUAAUUUACCUGAACGACGAAACAAUAUGAGAGAAAAUUCAGUUGGUAAUAAUUGUGUUGAAAUUUAUAAUAAAGAAGAUGAUUUAACGGAGAAUGACCAAAAUCAAUUAGUUACUGAAGAAAUUAUCAAUAAAAUUGAAAUUGAAGAACAAGCAGAUGAUGAUUAUUCACUUAAAUCACAAUCAACUUCUAUACCUUUAAUAUCAAGCAUAGCAACAAUGGAUCCACCGCUGCCUACAAAUAACCAAAAUUUUCAACAAAAUAUUACAGAUGUCGAGGAUGCUGCACAUGCUCUUACAUUAUUAGCACAACUACCUAUAACAGAAAAUACGCAAAAAUCUAUGCAAAAGGGGGGAAAAAACAAGUCAAAACAAUAUGAUCAUCCUACACGAGCACGAAAUUUAUCGAUAGAAGAGAAUGUUCCUACGAAGAAGAAAAUUACAUCAUCGUAUUGGAACAAAUCGGAUGUGGAGAAAUUUAACAAUUCAUUAAAUCAAUAUGGUACAAAUUUCAAGAAAAUUUCUGAAAUUCUUGAAACCAAGUCAGAAACUCAAGUAAAGAAUUAUUAUGAAAAACAUAUUGCUUCGGGUGUAAUUCCAAAAACGGUUGAAUCUCGAUCUGAAACUCUAGCACAUUUAGAAACUUCACCUUCUAUCUCUACCACUCACACCCCACAACCAGUUGUACAGACUUCUUCAGAUAUUAAUACAGAGCAACAAACUUUUAAUAAUAAUGGAAAUUAUUUUAAUAAUAACCGAAGUGACACACAACCGCAAGUUGAACCACCACAUAAAUCAGUGACUUCUCCAUCCAUAAAUUAUAAUCGAUCAAGUUCUCCACAAUCAUCAGUAAAAAGUGCCAUAUCACAUUUAUUGAACCCAUCAACAGACGACAAUAUAUCUCAUGAUUGGUUCAAUGGAGAUCAAUCUUCAGACAAUCCAAUGGUUAUUGAUGUAGACGCAGAAGAAUCGAGACCUCCUGAAAUAAUGUCAUCAGUAGUUAAUCAACCUACUCCUAUUCAGUUUAUACCCGUUACUCAAUCUACUCAACCUAAUCAAUCUCUUAAUCAGAGCCAUAUUCCAAAGUAUUUCAUGCCAACUAUUUCGAAUUCUCAACAGUCACAAAAUAUACCACAACAUCGACAGGGUUGGGUAGAACAAAAUCAAUUUCGACAAUCAAAUUCCCUUCCCCAAGCGUAUUAUUCAUCAAAUACUCCACCACCUCCGCCACCACAUCAUUCUGUUCAACCACAAGGACCUAAUAACAUGGCACCCAAUAAUAUAAAUACUAAUAGUUUGGCACCUAGUAAUCUAUCGCCUAAUAGUAUGUCACCUACCACACCAGCAUCAAUGUAUCUUCCUCCCACCAAUCCAAUUUAUCCGUAUCAGUAUAGUAGUUUAAUUGUUCCGGACUCAUCAUCACAAAAUAGAUCAUCUGGACAACUUGUAACUGGUUCAAAUACUGUAAAUCAACAUUCUCCUGGUAGAGGUACUUAUCCUACCACCUCAACAUAUCUUCCCAGAGGUGGAGCACCAGUAUUUGAGAAUUACAAUAAUGUAUCUCCCAAUGUACCAAGUAUUAUUACUUCACCCACACCACCGCCACUUGACAAUGUACAAAUUCGACAAUCCAAUUAUGUUGUGCCACAGCAUCAAGUGGAUC